AUGCCCGCAGCUCCCAGCUCACCCAGGGACAUCUGCGGCCGGCAGGGGGGCUCCUGGAAGCUGGCACCCCCCCAACCCUGGUCCCCCAAGCUCCCUAACUUUCCCGGGGCGCUGCACCCCAGCUUGGCCCAGCGGCUGCCCAAGGGGUACCAGCCCCCCAAGGCCAUCCCCGCUCCUCACCCACCAGCACUUUCUGCGUCUCAGCGCUCUUCCACGCCAUCACAGGCCUCGGAUGACGGGAAGGAGGCGGAGGCCUGGCCCCACCCGGGGGACAGGAAUCUGAGGCUGGGGGACCGCUCCGGGGCAGAGUGGAGCCGGGCCCUGGGCAGGUGGCCUCCGGGACUGACCGAGAGAAUGGCCGCGGCCAGCUGCCAGCUGUGGGACCCUGGGCACAUCUCCCGCUGGGAACCUCGGCACCCUCGCCAGGAGAGCGGAAACGGGGGUCCUUGGGUCGGCACAAAUGACCACUCCUGA